AUCUCAUAAAUAAGUGUGACUCUUCUCUCUUCUCUGCUCUGCUUCACAAACAAUGAGCUCCAAUCUCCGAGUUCUCAUAAAGCUCAAUCUGGAUGUCCGAAUCUUCUGCUUUCCCUUCUCCUUCUUGCCACCACUUCAGUCUUCAUCUUCCUCCCACAAAUGGCUUUCGCUGCCACACCCAAGCUCAGCAUCGAUGAAGUGAAGGCAUUGAAGGAGAUAGGGAAGAAGCUGGGGAAGAAGGAGUGGGACUUUGGGGUAGAUCCCUGCAGCGGAAGAGGUAGAUGGAAUGUGUCAGAUGGUUGGAAAGGCUUUGCCAGCUCUGUCAUCUGUGAUUGCUCCUUCAAUAACAACUCAUCUUGUCAUGUUGUACGUAUAUUUUUGAAGGCUCAGAAUCUUUCUGGUAUUCUUCCACCAGAGUUUUCAAAGCUUCAGCAUCUCAAGAGAUUGGACCUUAGUCGUAACAUCUUGACUGGUUCUGUCCCUCAGCAAUGGGCUACCAUGCAGUUGGAUGAGCUCUCUCUUAUGGGGAACAAGUUAUCAGGUCCUUUUCCUAAAGUUCUCACCAAUAUCACAACCCUCAGAAACCUGAGUAUUGAAGGAAAUCAAUUUUCAGGCCCCAUUCCUCCAGAGAUUGGAAAGUUUGUCAACUUAGAAAAAAUCAUUCUGUCAUCAAAUGCAUUCACAGGAGAAUUGCCGGUGGGGCUUGCAAAGUUGACCAAGUUGAUUGAUUUGAGGAUUAGUGACAAUAUUUUCUCUGGGAUACCAGAUUUCAUUAGCAAAUUGACGUCGAUUGAAAAGCUGGGUUGCUCACUUGAGGGACCCAUCCCUUCCAGCAUUUCUGCCUUGAGAAGAUUGAGUGAUUUGAGGAUAACUGACCUGAAAGGUAGAGGCUCAUCUUUCCCAUCAUUGGGUCACAUGAAAUCAAUAAGGACCCUCAUACUGAGGAAAUGCUUGAUUAAAGGAGAGAUCCCCGAGUACAUUGGGAAAAUGAACAAACUGAAAGUCUUAGACUUGGGUUUCAAUGAGUUGACUGGAAGGAUACCUGCCUCUUUUGCCCAAUUCGAUAAAGCAGACUUCAUGUACCUCACUGGGAACAAACUAACAGGGACUAUACCUAGCUGGGUUCUUGGAAAAAGUACAAAUGUUGAUGUUUCUGACAAUAACUUUAGCUGGGAGAGCUCAAGUCCGGUUGAAUGUCCAAGAGGGACUGUAAAUUUAGUGGAGAGCUACUCUUUUUCUGUGGAUAAACAAAAAAAUGUUCACGCAUGCUUGAAAAAGGACUUUCCAUGCUCUGAUUCAGACAGCCAAUAUUACUCCUUGCACAUUAAUUGUGGUGGAAAGGAAGCAAAUAUCAAUGGUACUAUUUAUGAAAGGGACAAAGAACAAAGAGGCGCUUCAAUGUUUUACUCUGGUCGGAAUUGGGCUCUCAGAAGCACUGGGAACUUCAUGGACAAUGAUAUUGAAUCUGAUCCCUAUAUUGUGACCAACACAUCCAAACUUCUGAGUGCUUCUGCUCCCAGUUCAGAACUGUACACGACAGCUCGUUUGUCUCCCCUUUCUCUCACAUACUAUGGACUCUGUCUAAUGCAUGGAAACUACACUAUUAAGCUCCACUUUGCAGAGAUUAUGUUUAUCAACGGCAGAUCAUUUUACAGUCUUGGGAGGCGUGUAUUCAAUGUCUACAUCCAGGGGAAGUUGGUCCUAAAGGAUUUUAACAUUGAGAAAGAAGCUGGUGGGACUGGAAAGCCAAUUGUGAAGAUAUUCAACGCUACAGUCACAAAACAUACUUUGAAAAUUCACUUUUACUACGCUGGAAAGGGGACAACUGGCAUACCCACAAGAGGAAUUUAUGGACCUCUGAUAUCCGCCAUAUCAGUAGAUCCUAAUUUUACCCCUCCAUCACCGGGGAUUGGAAAGAGAACGUUUAUUAUAGUGGCAUUUGCCAUAUUAGCUGCUUUUCUGCUUCUUCUUCUGAUGCUCCUAGGUAUCAUGAGGUGGGAGGGCUGGCUAGGAGGCAAAGGCUCCGUGUAUAAAGUUAAAGUUAUAAGCUUUCUUUGCUGACUUUCAAAUUUGCACUUCCUCCCAGAGCUCAGAGGUAUAGAUCUGCAGACAGGAUUAUCAUUAAGACAAAUCAAAACAGCAACCAAAAACUUCGGUGCUGCUAACAAAAUUGGAGAAGGCGGCUUUGGUUCUGUUUUCAAGGGUCUACUAUCCGAUGGCACUGUGAUUGCAGUGAAGCAACUUUCCUCAAAAUCUAAGCAAGGAAACCGUGAGUUUGUGAAUGAGAGAGGAAUGAUAUCUGGACUUCAACAUCCCAAUCUUGUAAAGCUUUAUGGAUGUUGUGCGGAAGGGAACCAGUUGAUACUGAUAUAUGAGUACAUGGAAAACAACUGUUUAUCACGUGCACUUUUUGGAAAAGACCUGGCCUGCAAAGCAAAACUGGACUGGACGACCAGGAAGAAAAUUUGCCUUGGUAUAGCUAGAGCUUUGGCUUAUCUGCAUGAAGAGUCCAGAAUAAAAAUCAUACAUAGGGAUAUAAAGACUAGUAAUGUGUUGCUAGAUAAAGAUUUUAGUGCUAAGGUUUCAGAUUUUGGUUUGGCAAAACUUAAUGAAGAUGAUAAUACCCAUAUCAGCACUCGAGUCGCAGGAACCAUUGGUUACAUGGCUCCUGAAUAUGCAAUGCGUGGCUAUUUAACUAACAAAGCAGAUGUUUAUAGUUUUGGGGUUGUUAUAUUGGAAACUAUUAGUGGAAAGAGCAAUACAAAUUACAGACCAAAUGAAGAAUUCGUUUACCUUCUUGAUUGGGCAUAUGUUUUGCAAGAGAGAGGAAAUCUACUGGAGCUGAUUGAUCCAGACUUGGGAUCAGACUAUUCAACUGAGGAGGCCAUGGUUAUGCUAAAUGUGGCUCUCUUGUGUACCAAUGCAUCCCCCACACUUAGGCCAAAAAUGUCCCAAGUUGUGAGCAUGCUUGAAGGCCAAACAGAUAUUCAGGAUUUGCUUUCUGACCCUGGAUACUCUGCAAGUAGUUCCAAGCACAGGUCCAUACGAAAUCAUUUCUGGCAGAACCCAGAUACUGAUUCCUCUAGUUCAUAUCUUGGGACUGAGGAAAGCUACCGUCUUGUACAAGUUAACUCAUAUAUCAGGUAAGUGAGAGAGUCCUACAAUUUCGUUUACAUAGUAACCAGUGUGAUCCUUGAUGUGAUUUUGUUAUAUUUUUGUAACCAUCUAAUCCUCCCCCAAAGAAAACGGAGGAUAUUAGAAAUGUGUAAGUUUUUCUAAACAAUGCCACAGCAUGGCAUAGGAUUGUUCUAAGUCAGUUACAUAUUCUAUUAACAAACAAGUGAAUGUUGACCAUAAAAAAUUGUAACUUUAAUAUGGUGUAACUUUCUUUGAAUAAAUAGCAUAUUUUAUAGUUA